AUGGCUUACUAUCCAUUCUACCCAGCAAGGAUGAGAGAUUUUCGCGUCAGUUCUUUGCUGGAAGGUUGCUCGCAGUUUAUUCCUGGCGUACCAGGGAGCGGGUCGUCGAUUCCGAAUAAUUUGAAUUCAAACGGGCCGUUUCCAUAUUCACCGUACCAUCCGACACAAAUGGCGAAACAGCCAUCUCACUUCGGACCAGGUUCCAUGCCGGGACCUCCACAGCAAGUCCAUAUGCCUGUUCACGAUUCCGAGUACGAAAAUAUCCAAGUCAAUUUGGAAAACAAGGAGCUUUGGCAGACUUUCGACAAGGAGAAAACAGAAAUGGUUAUUACCAAGGCAGGAAGGUAUAGAAAAUAUAUGUAUUCUCUUGUGACCAGUAAAGCCCGGCCGGUUGUUGUGCGGUUGAUAUAAGCUCCUGGAAUUUCGCAUCGAAGGAAUUGUGUCGAUUUAAACGCCUAGCGGUCUCGAAGCGAUGCAAAUGCCAGUUUAAACCGACAAUUUUGUCUGCAAAAAAGCUAAACAAUCCCCCCAUGAACACAUUGACUCCUUAGGUGUAACGUUAUUAACCCCGCGGACCAGGAACCGUUGUUGAUUUCAUCACCCAUGUUUAUUUCAAUCGGCCCGAGGCUAACAGUUUCGUUUUUCUGUCAACAGGCGAAUGUUUCCGCCGAUUAAAGCACGCGUGACCGGCUUGGACCCUAGAGCGAAGUAUUUUUUUCUCAUGGACAUUCAGCCCGUGAACGAUGUUCGAUACAAGUUUCAUAACUGUAGAUGGAUGGAGGCGGGCAAGGCUGAUCCUGAGAUGCCUAAACCACUGUACAUGCAUCCUGAUUCCCCCAGCACUGGGGCACAGUGGAUGCAGAAAACAAUCUCGUUUCAUAAAAUGAAACUUACCAACAACAUAGCGGACAAAUACGGCUACGUGAGUUUCUUUAAGCCUUUGAAAUCCCGUCUUUUUAUUCGUUUUUGAUCAUCUAUCGAUUUGCCGUCACAUCUGUAAUUAUUUUUGUUUGUUGAUUGUUGUUGAUGGCCGAUUUAUCUCUUUAUUUACUUCUUUUUUUUCUUCUCUUUUUAUUAGACAAUUUUGAAUUCUAUGCACAAGUACCGUCCUAGGAUUCAUGUUGUAAGAGCGGAUGACACAUACAAACAUCCCUACAGCAUUUACAAGAUUUUCACAUUUCCUGAAACAGAAUUUAUUGGAGUGACGGCUUAUCAAAAUGAGAAGGUUUGUGUUAAAGCUCACUGUUAAUUACUACUUUCCAGUUUGUGUUGAAAAUCAAAUCGUCAUUUUGUUUUUAAAGUGGUUUGGUAAUCGUAAGUUCGAUUUGGCUUAAGAGGGAGUUUGAAGUAUUUGUAUUUUUAUUCAAGAAAGCUUUUGAGCUUUGUUGUUGAAUUGAUAGCUAUUCAUAUCUUUUAAAGCCAAAAGAAAAAAGAAAAUAAAGAAAAAAAAAUCGUAAUACGCUAUAAACAAGUAGAGUUAUCUCGCAAAAGGGGAACAUGAGUAAGAAAAGUUGUGGAAUAAAUUUUUCCUGUUGUAGUAGAUUAAAAAGAUGCGCGAUCUCGUUCUCAUAGUUCUAUGUGAAUAGAAAUCUUUGUUUCACUUACAACUCCAAAAUUUUGACGGGGUUGGGGCAUAAGUUUCAAGACCUUUAAACAACAUUGUCAAUUUCAAAGUAGUUUAUAUCGAUUUCUUCCUAAUUUGUGAUGUUUUAUUGUGGGGCUUUAAACGCAGUUCUAGAACGUUCUCUGGUAAGUGAGGAAAUUCUGGUCUUACUGAUAGCUAUGAAUUGUCACUGAAUACGUUUCUUGCGACAUAAGAAAAGGAAAAAUGAUUCUCUGCGGCUUAGGGUGUUUACGUUUCUUCUGAGAUUAAAAAAGUGGUUUGUAUGAUUUGAACGCUUAUAAAGACUUUCCAGGAAUUAACUGAAUGUUUCUACGGUUAUAGCACGUUGUGUUAAUCGUUCUUUCACAGGCCCAACCUGGCCCCUUGCAUUAUUAAAUUAUUCCUCGUCUCAAACUUUUUCAUCCGACUGACUGGAUUUUAUUUUUCUUUUGGCAGAUAACUAAGCUGAAAAUCGACAACAAUCCUUUUGCGAAAGGUUUUCGCGAGCAAGGAGCAGGACAUCGUAGGCGGCUUGAACGAAGGUACGAAAUGAUUUUGUUCUGUAAAGUAACACCAAUUUGUUUGAGGUUCCUUUUCACUCGGGCCUCUUACGACUCUGUUAAUCUUUUUCACUAAACGCUGGGCCCUUGGGUACAAAAACUUAAUACCUGAGGCGAAGGCCUCAAAUUUCUUGGUACAAAGAAACAUGAAAAAACAACUGUUUUGACACACAAAGCCGCGAACAAGCCACAAUAACUUGUCCAGCGUGCGCGAUUUUCACACGUUCUUUAUCACCUUUCCUCAUUCAUCUUGAAGGCAACGGAGUAACCCUGGUGGGUCCUUACACGACGAAGACGAUGAAAAUAACAGCGAAGACGAGGAAAACGGCAAAGAGUCGGGCGCUUGUGGUUCCACAAACGACAUUCACUCCGGUAAGUUCAAAAGUUUUUCUUUAUUGCUGCGGCCUUCUUUGUAUCAAUAGCCGUCAGCGCCUUCAAAGAAAAAGCGACUCAGUGCGGUUCGCCAGUAGCCAAAUUCAGUUCGUUAAAACGGUGAUCAACUCUAAAGGAGUGGAACUCGUUGGAGUUCUGUAACGUUUGCGAUUAUUUCCUUACUUAAAUACACCAUUAAUUUUUAUUUCUGGCUCGAAAAUCGCUCCGAUCUACAUCAAUAAUUACUUUCGUCGAACGCGUUGAUGCAUCGCUAGAUUUUGCAGUUUCGUCUUAAAACGCAUUUACCGUUGCUUUGACUUAUUAAGUCUAGGAAAUAACGUCAGGCUGGAUUGCAUUAUUCCUUCCAUUGAAGGAUAAAAAAACUCGUGCAAGAAAAUUAAUUGAAACGAAUGAUUCAAAGUGGAUGGUAACAGCUGUAUCACUAUUAACGUUUUCACUAAAAACAAAAAAAGAAAAAGAGUGGGUUUAGUGUGACUUAAAAACAGCCCUCGUUUUUUGUUAAUAUUAGUGAUACAGGUAGAGAUUAUUUGCCUUCUUGAAUUAAGAGGCAAGGUUUAUUCCUAAGCAACGGAUUAACGUUUAACGGCCUUUCUUUUGGAAGAUCAAUAUCUUUUCUUUUUUGUUUGUUCAAAGCGUUCUAUAACUCGCUCAAUCAUGGCGAAAAUUGGUUUGACUAAUUAUUUAAAUAUUUUUCUCGUUAGUCAAAGUCCCACUUGAAAAAGUUAAGGCGCUCUUAGUAGAACUUAUAAAACAUUUGUUUAUUGUUUGACAGGAUCUUCUGAUCUCUACAGGGGAGUUCUUUUAAUUAUUGUUCCUUUCGAUUCCUUUAUGAAGUAGAUUUUAAAUACCCCCUUUAGUGCUAGAAUUUUCAGGACGAUGUUCACGGAGGAAUAUAUAACCACAAACAGCUCUAAAGCUUCCCUAUUAUAUUUCUUUAGCCUUUAACCAUAAUUUUCGCCAUCAUCGUAAAUAUCUCACUGAAUUCAGCACCAAACGUGCUAUUUAUCAAAGUGACAGAAACAGAGCUAGCCACUGUUUCUAACUAUUUACCAACGUUUUGUCGAGAAUUCAACUUCACUGAUUUAUUUUUAGGAACUUCAAAAAGGAUGCGGUUAGUCAAAGUAUCUUUCCUCGCUUAACAGUUAGAAAGGCGUGUCAAAAACCCGUUUGACGGGAAAAAAAAUUCUCAAUAUUGUUGUUGCUUUGUUCCAGAUGGCUUGGAGGAAAUUUCAUUUCCGUAUGUUUCUCGAUGUAUAGAUUGGGUGCUAGUGUUUGCGUGCUCAAGUGUGAAAGAUUGGAAGCUCUUAAUUCUGUUCAUAUACAGUGUCCUUACACAAGGUGUAAAUACAUCACAUCCUUGAAAACAAUCAACUUUGAUUGAGAAUUGCUUACAAGGUUCUUUUAGAGUUUGGGAUAUACAAGAGGGACUUUAAAAAGUUUGAUUCAAAAAGCCUUUCUGCAUCGAUUUCAAAAUCUAUCCCUUUGAUUUGAUUCAAGUUUCUAAAAAUGUCCUGUAGUUUUUACUCUAGUAGAUGGAUUGCAGGGUAGAAUUAUUCUUGCUGUUUUUUAGUCUUUUGUAUGGCCAACAGAAAUGUAUUUCGAAAAUGGGCGUGGAAAAUUUAGUUUUCACGGCAUGGGAGUCCCAAAGAAGAAUACAUAAUUUUGCUUUUCCACUGGUAAAACUAAAAAAGAUGCAAAUUGGUAACCACUCUUAUUUGCUUUUAAGGCAAAGUAGAAAACAAGGUUAAAUUCUUAUUGAUGGCAACGUGUAAAUUUCUUCAACCCAUUUAGACAAGACGUUGACAGCUUUAGCAACUAAUGAACGAAGACUUUUAGACGUUAAGCUUAAAAAUGCUCUGCUUUUGUUCCCAAACGAACCAUCUUCACACGCGUUACAAACUGUGCUGGUCCCGAAUAGAUGCUCAUUAGCUUAUUAAAAACAGACGUUUUCAAAAACUCGUUUAAAAAAAGCCAUCGAACUGGCCUGGAAAAGUUUUGUCAAUCAGUGUCGCACAAAGUUGUAUUAAAACAUAACAAUAUUUCGACAAGUACAAUACGUGCGAAGUGUGAGAUAGCUCUUUCUGUUGAUAUAUGUAGUGAUUUGAUUCUAUCGAGACCAUGCCAAACUCUGAUUGCGUUUUGAAUAAAACCACAAAUGAAGGGAAGGUGUUCAACCUUCUCGUAUCAAAUACCAAACUAAAUUGUUCCAUGUUUUUUUUAGAACCUUUUACUUAAAUAGAAAGUGUUCUCCAUUAAAAGUGUUUUCCAUAGCGUUCGCCUGAAAUAUAACAAUAGAGUUGUUGGCGCUUGUAAUGAAACAGCGAACCGCCCACAUAAUGAAUCGAAAAUGUGUCCAUGAAAACGCCACACUUUGUCGCAGGUGCGGAUGAAAAAAAUCUGCCUUACAUAACAGACUACUUAGCCAUCUGGCAUUCUUACUUUUAAGCAGAAUUUGGUGAAAAAUCUUCCUUGAAAAAAGCUUUUUCAGCAUAUCUUUUAGCUCGAAUUGAAUGGGUAACUCGUUUGACUGCCGCACCACUUUUCCAAUCACAUGUGGAAAGAGAUUUAUCGAUUGUGUACCAUGGUACACAAUGCAUUCACCCCCAGAAUUCACCAGCUAAAAAAAAUUAAAACAAAACUGUUAAAAGGAAACAAAAAAAUUCUAAAGAAAAGGGAAAAGGACCUCGGGUUUAAAUUCUUUUUUUUUUUUUUUUUUUUUCAAAAUGGUGCGUCUUCGCAAUUUGUUUUUCCAAUUUAGGCGUUCAUAAAACACCAGGUAUCUAGAAAACACUAAACCCAGGAAAAAUGUUUUUAACUUUUUGUAUUGCGAAAAAAAAAUAUAAUAUAAAUCAAAAUUACCGUAAAAAAAAAAAAUAAAAACAAUACUUUUAAAAAAAAAAAAAAAAAAUUAAAAAAAAAGGGAAAAGGAAUUGGGUUUUAAUUUCUUUUUUUUUUUUUUUUUUUUUACAAAUGGUGCGUCUUCGCAAUUUGUUUUGUCAACUUAGGCAUUCAUUAAACACCAGGUAUCUAGGAAACACUAAGACCAGGAAAAAUGUUUUUAACUUUGUUGUUUGCGAAGCUGUCAAUCGACGCGUUUGUCUCUCAGUAACGCAGCAAUAGAUCAUUCAGGUUUUUAUCGUCACCAAACAAUCAUCUUUUUCGCUGGAGCGAAGCGCAACUUUAAGCACCUAUUUUGAUUCUUGUAUUCGUGUUGAAGGUGAAUGAGAUCACGUCACCGAGAAAUGUUAGGUUCUUAUUCAUCACAUUAAAGUAUCGACCGCAAUUUCCUUUUAUUUGCCUUAGUAUUUUCUCCAUCGCUUAAUUUACAUUUCGUCCGAAGAUUCGUCUCAGUGUACAAUAAAUUAUCCAUGUUUUAAUUUUAUAAUUCUACUCCCCGUCAGUUUCGCCACGAACUCUUAGUCUCGGGUGACCCAUCUACACUCUGUGUGUAUGUUUUGUAGUCAUCACGGAUAAUGUAAUUGAAUGGCGUUUAAGUUCGAGAAUUCUUCUCUGUUUACUUUAGUUUAUUUACUUGUUGCUGGAUUGUAACUAAAGAUUCGGUAAUGUUUUCAUCAGAAACCUCCGAUUUUGAACGUACCACCAUCCCCCCUCCCCAAAAAAGAAACACUCUUGCUUCCAGUCACAACAUUUAAUAGUUAGUAUUUGAAUCAAGGGUCUUAAAGAUUGAACCGAGUUAGCCUUGAAAUAAUAUCUGGUUUGUUUUAAGUAAUGAAAGCGUUUUAAUUAUUUAUAUCUGAUUGCCAACAAAUCCUUCUUUCCUUGUCUUGGUAGUUUCUUUUAAAAGAUGUUAGUUGCUAAGCCAUGUAAAGUAUUUACGGAGAAUUUUGCUUAUUACGCCAUUGAAUGAAGAACAAAAAUACACCAAACAAUUCAAACUGUCACAAAACCAUUUUCCCUCAGAAUAUUAAGACUCAAUAGUAAUCAACGCGAUUCAACAAGAAACUAGAGUCACUCGAAAUGUAAACUAACACACGUGCGCCUAUAAAUUUUUCUUGGCUGAAUGUCGGGAGUCCAAUGAGAACUGUAUAUGUUUGACAGAAAUGGUCAAUUUAUUUAUUAGUCUUUAGCAUCUAUGAUCCUUGUGAAGUCUUAAAAGUUUAAGGUCAGAAAAAUCGGGUGAAUAGUUGAUUGUUGAACGAGCAACGCGCGACCUUUUAAUUUUAUUACAGCGAGCUUAAAGUAGAAUGGGGUCCUGGUUUUUCUUUUCUCUUUUUUCGUUCCUAUCCAAAAGUAAACUAUUUUUAAAUCACUGACGAGCUGGAAAAUGUGUAAAUAAAGGUACCGGAAAGGAAGCUUUUGAAAUGUAAUAAUUAAUAUUUCAGCUGCAGUAAACAAUUAGUGAAAGGAAACUUUGAAAUGAAAGGCAUUAAUAUCUACCGCGGCAGUGUGUUGACUCUUGAAAUGCAAUCUUUGACGCUAUCUUCUUGUCCAAACUUUUUCAAAUUUUUUUCUCUGACGACGGCCUAAUUUGACAAUUAACCUCUGCCCCUCUGAGUUGAAAUAAAAGUUUCUUUAAUUUUUCCCAAAGCGUUUCUCUUAAUGUUGGUUGAAAAAUUCUAGAUCGUGACUAUUUAUCGUGUUUACUUUCUAUAGUUAAGGGUCUGUAACAAACACGGUUAUACGUAAAAACCAGGCCAAGGUACUGGCUAAUACAAACCUUUAGAAUUCAACGCAUCUUGACUUUUUCAAUACAGUUGUAAAGGCUAUUGUAUUUAUUGUUUUUCUACACCACCAUCAAGUCUAAUUGCUAGCACUCGGUAACAAAAACACACACACAUUGAAAAACGCAUUACAAUUUUUAGUUUCAGUAUAAUAGGAUUUGUUCCUUAGUCCUUGUAUCAACAAAAGUCAAAAGACCUGGAGUAUACAGUUGUAGAAGCCUCUGAGUACUGUUUAUCAUGUCCUGCUAGCUCACUCUAAACUUUUGAGUCUGUGGACUAUGAACUUAAUGUUUCAGUAAAACAACUUAAACCGAACGGAAGCCAUUGAGUUCUUUUGCUGUGUUGUGAGUUAUGAUAUACAAGAUCAUUGAUACACAAGAGCACAAACUAUUAAGUUUGUGGUACAUAAUAUAUUUGACCAUUCAAUUUAAAGCCAUCGAAGAGUACUUUUUUGGUACUGUUUAUCAAUCUGACCACUUAGAUAAAAUCCCCCUAAAAGUGUUUUCUUGUUUUCUAGUGGUGCUACUGUGUUUGGUCUUCUAAAAGUCGGCCGCGUCUCCUACUAACUUCUAUUUUUUUCGGAAAGCCUAUUUGCGCGCAAGUUGUCAUGUAGUAGAAAGUGUUUGUGACCAUUCAACUGAAAUUUACAGAGCAUUAUCUACUUGUGAAUUUCAUCUUUUCAUUUUACAGUCCAGUACAUUAAGAUUGUUUUGGUCAGUUUUGAUCUUUUUGGCCAAAAGUUCGCGCUGUUGACAAAGGAGAUGCCUUUUUCAUUUUCCGCCGCACAGCACGUGUUUAAACAUUAGACAGCUUAGGAAAUUAACUAAGAAAUACUAGUUCACACCCUAUUUUUGUGCUAAUAAUUGAGCUUACAAGUUUUAACAGAUUUUCCUUUAAAUGGACAAAGGACUCAACCCCAAACUAUAUAAUGUAAUUUUCUUCUAAUAUUGCAUGCGAUUAUUAUUUGCCUCUUAGAUGUAAUUAGGAAGGUUUCUGUAUUUUAUUUUAUAUGUAGAAUGUAAACUCAAACGUUUCAAUUCAGUGAAGCUUUUUCAAGCACAUUUUGUGAUGUCCACCGUAGUACGUCUUGCGUGGUUAUAACCGUGCCAGCUGAGACAAUGGUGGAGAAUAGGACUAAAUGUUGACCGUAAGGUCAAAAGAGCAAUUCAUAUAAAGACUACUGGAGAAUUCUGCCUCUGCAAACUGCCAGAGCAUAAUUGUGUCUGUUACAUUGUGUGGGAGAGGAUUUGCAUGUUCGACUGUUCCUGAAUAGACUUUCCCCUGCCUCUGUUUACUCCAGGGCGUGAAUUUAAUCAAAGGGUUUAUUCAGCAGUGCCUACCUUUGUGCUGUUUGCCAAAAGUUUAAAAGAAAAGUGCUAAUACAUGUUAAAUAGUAAUAAAAACUACAUCGCACUAAUUAUUGUGGUUCAGUUUAUGCCAUUUGCUGUUUACCAAACGACUAAUAUUCUGAGCAAUUAUCUUUGACCUUCAAAUAAACACUAACGCUUAUCAAUGCCCCGCCUUUUUUUCAGGUUCCUCGGCAACAGAAAACUCCGUAGUGGGUCUUCCUUCAUCACCUGAGGACAUUAAACCAGUGAUACAAGUCGACAAAGGUCGCUCCUGUGCGAACACUCUGAGUCACUCUCCCUCUCCUGUACAAAAAGCGCUUCCUGCACCAGAUAUCUUACAUCAUAGUCAACCGUUUAGCGACUUUUCGCGUCCGUCCACUCUACACAUCCCAGAGGAUAGCAAACCAGUGAUUUUACCACCAAAUUCCAGCGAAAGUGUUCCGUACUCGUCCCAGUCACACUUAAAACUUUCAAGUGCGCGGGCAAUGCACAUGGACAUGCGCUAUAGCCCUUAUCCAAGACCUGCCUACCCAAUGGGUGGCAUGCCUUCGAGCUUCCUUCCACAUACGCAUGGACACAUGUACCCGUCCUACAGUGUCCCACAAGCUGCUUAUCCAUCAUGCCAAGUAGGUCAAAGCUACCCACCAUGCACUGUGAACCAACAGAGCUUUGGUUACCCCGCAACAGUAACCUCGUCGAGUAUGCUCGAGCUGACCAGCGGUAGUACAACUUCGGAGCUACCAGCAGCGCUGGACCUACAGGGAUCAGUGGACAGAACUCCUGGAAUGGAGCACAGAACGACAUAA